CAUAUCUUGAUCAAGGGGGCAUUUGACGCAUUAUGGCUCCGUCAGACAUUGCAAAGGCCAUCUUUGAAAUGCCCUGUGGGGACAUGGGCAAGACUCAAAGCGAUCUCGGCCCAGCACGCUCGCUUCAGUUUUCAAGCUCAAGUCUGAGCCGGCUACCACCGACUGGUCAGACUAGUCCACAGGCAUCUAGUGCAGAAAUCGGUGGAAUUAACGUGCUAGAGCAUGCCUCCGAUUCCAAAGAAUGGGACGUGUUCACCAGAAAACGCCGCCCUCGCAAGCUGCAACGAGUAGAGGUUGUUCUGCCAACCCUCAAAGAGCUACGUGCGCACCGCUCUGCUAGUCUCAUCAAUGACAAUGCUGCGAAAAGGCCAAAGGCGGAGGAUAUCAACAUCACAACGUCUGUGAAACGUGAACCUAUCUCUGACGAGCAAUUGCAGCACGCUUUUAACAAUCUUUACAAGGCCAGCUUGAAAGAAGAUAUCGCUCCGCCCCAGCUGCCCGAUCCCGCUACUCCAGAAGGUGGCUCGCAUGUCAGGAUCGUCUACGAAGAGAUAACUGAUCAGCAAAUACGGGACGCGCUCGCAUGUAUAAAUAACUCGCAGGCGAAAGUGAAGAAAAAUCUCACCUUCUCGGACAGGAUCCUCUACAGACGUCUUCGCCAGAUCGGGUUCGAAAUAUACCCGAUCGAGGAUAAUGUGAACAAGUUCUUCCUGUUCUCGCGGUACUAUUUUAGCAACCGGUUUGGCGGAAGUUUCGUCGAGACUUUCCCAACGAUAUCUGCCCAGAAGGUUAGAGAGCACGGGCUCGACGACUGGGCGUUCCCAAGUCUCGAAUUUAAUCCGCAUGCUCCUCAAGUGCCCGGUGCACCUGGCUUGAUCUAUGAGCCUGGCGGGUCUGUAUUGAACUGCGAACCCAACAAACGCACUUGCAGGAUGUUCGUCCGGCUCGAUGCAGGGAAGUGGCUGUACGUCGGCAUGUACACCUUUGUUGGAGCCGAGCCGCUCACCCCUCAAGAAUUUGCUGAUCAACCUGCGAAGAUGAAACUCACGUGGGCUCAAGAGCUGAAAAGGCAGCGCGGCUGGGGCAACUACAUCCUGGCCAGAAUAUUUUUUCGCUCGAGGCAUCAAGGGAGAAAACCUACGAAAAAAGAGCGCGAACAAUUGAUGAACAAUCAAACCGCGUUGAACAGUGUGACAGAUGAACAGAUCAUCGAAGCAUACUCGCGGGGUGAUGAGGAAUUUGGAGUAUGGUCGAUCAAAUGCAUCGGAUAUGACACCGAGUGGCUUGCGCAGCUCAUCGACGACUAUCCGAGGUGGAUGGAAGAGAAAGCGGCGGAACAGGCGGCACUCAAACGCGUAGGCAAGAAACGCAGCAGGAAGGGCGGCGACUUCUCCUCUGGUGACUCGAAGCUACUCCAAGGAGAUGUUAAAAGUGGGAAGCGUAAGGUGGCAGAUGGCGGAGACGAAGAGGAGGGGGAAGGUUACUUGUUAGAGACUCACCCAGCUCCCGACUCCGUCUCUCGCCGCCGAGAGAAGAAACACAAAGCUGUCAUGGCACUGGUUAUUGAGCUUGAGUGACAUAUCUUUCGGUCUAUUUCUCGCGUAGCUUAAAAAUUUCUGUCUAUGAGAAAUAUAGCAGUCGUAUCCAGAAGACAUACGAACUGGUGUGCA